AAUGUACUAUGUUUGUAAGGGAUGCGAUAAUUGCUGUCGUAGUUGUUGUAGAUGUUGUGAAGUAAAUAUUUUCAUAUAACUGUAAGGAAUGUUGUGGAGAAUGUUGCGAUGCAAUUUCAAACUGUUUUUCUACACCUUUCUCAUUUUGUACUUUCAUUACUUUUUUUGUCUCAAUAAUUCCUUUCAUAAUAAUGAUAGUAGCAUUGAUAUAAAGUUCUGAUUUCGAUUGCUAAGAAAACAUUAAGACCUAUUUAAUAAUUUAAGGGAUCAAUAAUUUGAUUAACUUUUUGUUCUGUCUCUAUAUAACCUUUCAUUAUGGAUAUUAUGGUAAAUAUUAAGUAGAGAGUAAAAAAACAUUUUGGGAACAAACAGUAGAUUUAAUCUUAUAUGAUUGGUUUGUAUGCAUUUACAUAUUUGCAUUAAUCUUCUUUGUAAUAUGGCUUAUAAUAUGUUUUUCAGCAGCAAAUAAUGAAGUAUUAAAAUAUAUAUAUAUAAUUUUUAGCCAGAGUAUUCCCCUUGUAGACAAGAAAAUAAUGGAUUCUUAAUGACUGCAUUAACAAUCAAUUUAAUAUGCAUGAUAGUGUAUUUGAUAGUUGGAUUUCUGAUAUUUAUCAUAACAGUAAUUUUGUAUUCUUGUGAUGAUGGUAGCUGUAGUUGUGGAGGCUGUGUAAAUAAUUCUUUAAAUUUGUUAGUUUAGAUGUUGUUGUUUAGUAAUAACAUGUGGAAUGUGUGAUUUUGGAAAGGAUAAGAAGAAAUACUCAAAGGAAUACACUGAUUAAAGGAAAGCUUAAUAUAAUGAGGGUAGAAAAGGUUGGUUAUAAUCUGGAAAGAGAUUAUUUGGAUUUCUCUCUCUCGGAAGAGCAAAUCCUAGAAUGAAUUAAAUGAAUACAAAUAUGGAUUAAUAGUAAUAAUAACAAUAUUAUCAACCUUAAUAAUAAUAAUAAUAAUAAUACUAGAGACCUGUUCAUUAAGAUAGAUCAGUAUCAAAUUUAAUUAAUUUUAGUUCUUUGAUAAACUUUCUGAUUGUUUUAAAGGCAAUGAUAAUAAUAAUGCACCUUAAUAAAGACCUUAACCAUAACAGUAUUAAUAAUAAGUUUAUAUUUAAUAAUAACCGAAUAUUCAUUAAGCCAAUAAUUAUUAAUAACCAUAUCAAUAUUAAUAAUAACCAUAUUAAUAAUAAUAGUAUUCAUAACCAGCUUAAUAUUAACCUAAUUAUUAAUAUCCAUAGCAAUAAUAAAAUGGCUGGGGUAAAUGA